GGCACCCAACCGCACCACCUCCUCCUCCUCCUAUUCCUCCCCUGUCCCCGCACUUGCCACAUCCAGCAGCCCGGAGCAGACCCGCCUCAACGCAGCAGGCAGCAAUGCCUCCGGACGGCGACGCGGAGCUGGCGGCGGACGAGCUGCAGAGCCUCAGCUUCGGCUCCUCCGAGCGCUCCCGCUCCGCCUCCACCGUCUCCACCGCCACGGCCUCCUGCUCCACCUCCUCCUCCUCGGGGCCAAUCGCCGGCGUCCCCGCGCCGCGCUCCUGCAACCCCUCCGCCCUCGCCCCGCGCCUCGGCACGGUGCAGCUGUCGGACAUCCGCUUCGUGCGGAGGCUCGGGGCCGGGGACAUCGGCAGCGUCUACCUGGCCGAGGUGAAGGGCAAGGGCGGGGCGCUGGUGGCGGCCAAGGUGAUGGACCGGAAGGAGCUCCAGGGCCGCAACAAGGAGGGCCGCGCGCGCACCGAGCGCGAGAUCCUCGAGGCCGUCGACCACCCCUUCCUCCCGCGCCUCUACGGGGUCGCCGAGGGCGAGCGCUGGUCCUGCCUCCUCACCGAGUUCUGCCCCGGCGGCGAUCUCCACGUCCUCCGCCAGAGGCAGCCGCACCGCCGAUUCUCCGAGGCCGCCGUCAGGUUCUACGUGGCGGAGGUGGUGGCUGCGCUGGAGUACAUUCACAUGCUGGACAUCGUGUACCGGGACCUCAAGCCGGAGAACGUGCUGGUCCGCGCCGACGGCCACAUCAUGCUCACCGACUUCGACCUCUCCCUCAAGUGCGACCCGACGGCCCCGACUCCGGCGCACGUCAUCUCCGACCCCGUCGGCCUCACCGGCCGCCCCUCCGCGUCGUCCACCUGUAUCAUCCCUUCCUGCAUCGUACCGUCGGUGUCCUGCUUCAGCCUCUUCCCCGGCCGCGGCCGCCGGCGCCGGCGCCGCAAGAAGGCCUCGGGCGGCGGUGGCGGGGGCCUGAACGGCAGCAGCGACGGCAGCCUCCCCACCGGCGUGCUGGACCUGGAGUUCGUGGCGGAGCCGGUGGAGCUCCGGUCCAUGUCGUUCGUGGGCACGCACGAGUACCUGGCCCCGGAGAUCGUGUCGGGCGAGGGCCACGGCAGCUCGGUGGACUGGUGGACGCUGGGCAUCUUCAUCUUCGAGCUCCUCUACGGGGUGACGCCCUUCAAGGGGUACGACAACGAGAUGACCCUGGCCAACAUCGUGGCCCGCGCGCUCGAGUUCCCCAAGGACCCCUCCGUCUCCUCCGCCGCCAGGGACCUCGUCACCGCGCUGCUCGCCAAGGACCCGGCGCGCAGGCUCGGCGCCACCGUCGGCGCCGCGGCCAUCAAGCGCCACCCAUUCUUCAACGGCGUCAACUGGGCGCUGCUCCGCUGCGCCACGCCGCCCUACGUGCCCCCGCCUUUCAGCGCCGCGGUCGCCACGGCCGCUGGCUCCGGCGGCCCCGGGAAGAAGAACAGCCCCAACGACGACGACGACGACAUGUCGGACGACAGCUGCCCCGGCACGCCCGUGGAGUACUACUAGAUCGGAUCAGACACGAGGAAGCUCCCGCGCACGCACGCACGUACGUGCAACCAACAAGAUGCUGCCACUGACGGGACCCAAGCUGGAAGCUCGUACCACCCUUGUCCGACCCUGGCGCACGUGGUGGACCGCGCUGGAUGGCGCGCACGAGGCGGCCUUUGGUUGGGAGCAGGGCGCGCGCGCGCGGCCAGGCGCGGCGCUGUCGCGUCAAAUAGUUGCCGGCAGCGGCUGCGUCUGCGUGCGUGCGUACACGCCGUUCCAAUAAUAAUUUAUCGUUGCUUCUUUCUAGUAUUUUGACUUUACAUGGAGUAGAUGUAUGACACAUAGUUAGCACUUGUAGCAGUAGUAGAGUUGUAUUAUGAGCUCUGUUUGCUAGUAUGUCAGGGUUUUGCUCUGCUUGUAGUGGAGCUUUUUUGUGCAAAGAUGGUUAA